CUUUCCUUCACAAGGAAAAAAAAAGAGAGAGAGAACGAAGCAAAAAACCUCGCUCGCUAGCUAUGUGAAGAAACUAUCUUCGUUAUAAAACUUUCCGGCGACGUUUUCCGACUUCCGAGAGCAGGUUUUGAGGUGGUUUUAUGCGCCAAAACAUCUAACCGGAGUGUCGUUGUACGGUGCUUAGUAGUUUUCAAUAACACGCUUCAGUUAUGGGGAAUGCUUGUUGUGUUGCUACUCGAGACAAAAUGGUUGUGCCUAAUACAUCAGCAGUCGAGAAUUUUCAAAGAAACAAUGUGAGGUAUUCUCCUAACUGGAGCUUCCGAUGGGAUAAUAGAGGAGGACGCGUGGCAGGGGAAGAGACCUCUGUUAGUUUGUUAUCUGAUCGGAUUAGUCGUAACGAUGUCUCUGAUGUCAAAUCUGAAACUGCUCUUGUAUCAUCACAAGGUUCUCCUUUGGACAAUUUUCAGACGCAGUCAUGGCAGAAAUCUCCUGCUUCUGAUCAAUCAUUUUCAAGAAUUGCCUCUAUUGACUCUGUCUCUGAACAGAUCACCCAAAAAACAAAUGAUUCAACCGACCCUACUUAUUAUCCAUCUCCUGCAAAACUGUCUCUUUCAUUGGCUUCUCAACCAUCAUCCUUCUCAGUGUCACCACUGUCAAGUCAGUCCCACUUGCCAAUGCCACCUGCAAGUUCAUCCCAAUUAAAGCUGACACCGCCCCCUCGUCUAUCAAAGCAAGUCUCAUAUGGUCAAAUCUUUGGAUUCACCUCACCGAGCAGAAGCUCAGCAACUGAAGAGAGGCUGGGGAAUGAAUCUCAGUCUGAUGGUUGGUCCAUGCAAGCUUUUUCUGAAAUGAUGGCGUAUUCUCGCAGAGAGUCUUGCUCUUACGAUAACGAGUGCUUUGGGCUUCGUCGUGACAAGAUAGACAAUCUUGGAAGUAGAAAGUCCAAUGAUCAGCAAAACUGUGGUGCUUGCUCGAGAUCCUUGUCUGAGAAAUCUUUGUUGAGUAGCCAAAAAAUCUUUGCCACUAACGAGCUCUCCGUAGCUGCGAUUCUAGCAUGUGGGCACGUCUAUCAUUCAGAGUGUUUAGAGCAGAUGACACCUGAAAUCGACAAAUUCGAUCCUUCUUGUCCCAUCUGCACACUGGGUGAGAAGAAAACAUUCAAACUGUCGGAAAAAGCAUUAAAGGCAGAUUUGGAAAUGAAAGCUAGACACAACAAGAGACUAAGAAACCGCGUUGUGGACAGCGAUGAAUUUGUCAAGUUUAAUAACAACCACGAAGCGGCAGUAGGAUACAAAGGUAAAACCCCAAAGCUGAUAUCAAGUUCAAGCUUGAGAAGCUAUUCCCCAAAGCCUUUCCUUGCUAGACACUUCUCUUUCGGGUCCAGAAGUAAUAGUGUUAAAUCCCCAAAAGAGAUUCAUUCCCCGAGCUCUCUUAGAAAGAAAGGCUUCUUUUGGACCAAAUCUAGCAAAAUUUGAAACUGUAAGCUCCUCUCUCUCUCAUGAAUCUGAACUCAAAAUAACGAGUCACUCUAUAAUUGUUGAAUCAUGUUUCAGAAUCUGGAUGCUGUGUCUCUUCUUAGUUCGUAAGCUAGGGCCGAAGUCAACGUAACGUUUUACUUAUCAAAGGUACACACUUGUUUGUGUAUGUAUUACAGAAAAGUUUCUCACUAGUCUCCCAUUAUUUUUUUGUUUGUGCAUUCCCAAUUACACUUGUAAAUAUAUAAUUAUAACAAUAUAAGGUAAAAAUGAUCUGGCUGUGCACCAGUAGGUGUGAAUUGGGUUAAUCAGAUCGAGGGAUUUAUAUUUAUAUGUUUUGGUUUAUUUGGUGUGGGAUCGUAUUAUACGAUUUUUAUAUACUUCUACAAACCAUUUCUAAACAAAUGUUUCAGUUCAAAACCAAUCUAAACAGAUUUGUAUUAUGAUCCAACGUUAACUUCCAUGGUUCGUUUGUUUAGUGCUUUAUGAAAUUAGUUACCAACACAAACUUGCACUUACCAAUCAGAAUACGU